AUGCCUUCUCACAUCCUCAAGCUUCAGAAAAUCCGCGAAAAUCUGGCUGAAGCUCAUCAUGGUGUAGCUGAUUUGACGGACGAAGAUUCUGAUGUUGAAGACAAAGUUGCAGCUCACCGUACGGCGGUUCAGAAAGCCCUUGUGUUGCUCACUGAGGAGGCCCGUCAUCGCCGACUUUACCCUUCCCCUUCCCUCAUCCCUCCUUGCAUUGACAAAGCCCCAUCUGUGGUACAUGUCGCAGAUCAGCCUCCAUCGCAUUGUCUCGGUGUGGUCGAGCCUAUUCUCAAGGAUCCUACCCUAGUUGCUGCUUCCUGUACACCCCCUGUUGCUGCUACAUCGGACGAUGAAGGUUCCGAUGACAUUCCUCUGCGAAGGAGUACCCUCAUAAUGCAUCACAACCGAAACAGGAUCCUCAGUCCUCCAUACAUUGCCUCGCCGAACGCAGCCAAUAUCGAUGUCGACGAUGCUGAACCACACAUGUCUGCUCCUGUUGCCUUGUCCGUUGAGGAUCUUGUUGACGAAAACGAAGGAGAUGAAAAUGUGGACGAGGAGGUGGUCGACGAGGUCGUAGACGAGGAUACCAAUAGUUUGCAGAUCACCGCAAUUGAGAGGAGUGGUGAGAUUUCUGAAGAUGACGAAAUUGAUUCGGAGAUUCUUGCCACACUCUUUGGUGACGAGGAGGAGGGGGAACAGGUUGAAUUGAUAGGUGACAAUGAGGACCACAGUGAUCGGGAAGAGUCUAUGGUGGAGGAGGUUGCGGCUGAUGAUCAACAGGACAAGAUUGGACGCCUUAUCGUGGAGUUUCUCAAUUAUCCCCAGAUACAUCCUCUACUCCCUGUCGAGUUCCGUGAUAUGGUGAUGGAUCGUCCGAGUGGGAUACGUAGCAAGCAGGACAAGGAUGGCUUUCAGCGUAUAUGCGCCGGUGUAUUAUGGGCAAAUAAGUCGGAAUGGGUAAGUCUUAUUUGCGACAGUUUCAAUGUCGUCUGA